UUGAAUACGUCCUGUAACCACUAAUCAUUUAUCAAUGUUCACAUAUUUUAUACGACCACAAUUUACUCACCAAUGACGUUAGCUAUAAUGGUAGGGCCUCAGACUUUCUAGUUCCUCCGAUUCUGUCAAGCUUACGGCAGCCAUGAGCAUGCUCAGGCUCCAGAAGCGCUUGGCGUCCAGCGUCUUGCGCUGUGGCAAGAAGAAGGUGUGGCUGGAUCCAAAUGAAACCAAUGAGAUUGCCAAUGCAAAUUCUCGCCAGCAGAUCCGAAAACUGGUGAAGGAUGGAUUGAUCAUCAGAAAACCUGUGACAGUUCAUUCCCGUGCUCGUUGCCGCAAGAACACUUUGGCACGCCGGAAGGGACGUCACAUGGGUUAUGGUAAGAGAAAGGGUACAGCUAAUGCUCGUAUGCCAGAGAAGUUGACAUGGAUGCGGCGCAUGAGAAUCCUGCGUCGUCUUCUCAGACGCUACAGGGAGUCCAAGAAAAUUGACAGGCACAUGUACCACAGUCUCUAUCUGAGGGCCAAGGGUAAUGUCUUCAAAAACAAACGCAUCCUGAUGGAGCACAUCCACAAACUGAAGGCAGAUAAAGCUCGCAAGAAGCUUCUCGCUGACCAGGCUGAAGCUCGCCGCUCAAAGACAAAGGAGGCCCGCAAACGCAGAGAAGAGAGACUCUUGGCCAAGAAAGAAGAGCUCAUCAAGACUCUGUCAAAGGAGGAGGAAACUGCAAAGAAGUGAAUCUAAACUCAAAGUUUUUCAUCAAAGACUCCCCUUUUUCUUGUUAAUAAAUUUGGUUAAAAGAGA